AUGGGCGUCGAACCUCCUGUGGACGGUCAAGGAGAUUCUCUCCGACCCCGCAUCAAUGUUGUCAGUAGUCUGGACUUACUCUCAGAUGCGUCUCUGUUAUGUGAAGAAGGAGACUUUCCACUUCCCAACACGUGUAAACAAGUCCGCUUUGACUUGGAUUCUAACACGACGUUGUCUUCCCGUAAGAAAGAGUCUGUGCCAGAUUCCGUUCCACGAAGGGCAUUUUCGGAGGUGAUGAGAAUUUUUCCUGAGUCUCUCUCUCAGCCCCCUCUACAGCCAAUAACUCCGUCCAGUUCACUCGAUCUCUCGGUUGUGGACGAACCCCAGCUAAAUGGUGGCUUCGAGGCCCUUUCACUCACCACGCCGCAAAUCAACACUGUUAAGGGUCUACAGGAGGAAGUUAUUCAACUUGCCGAAAGCGUCCACAAGGCCUCAAUUUCUGGUCCAGAUGCAAAAAUCAAGCAAAUGGCUCUUGAACAUCUUACAGAUCCCUUCAGAUCACAGUCUAUCCCGACUGCUAAUGAGAGACAGGACAAAAACCGACAAAACACCACAAAUCGCAUCCCGCGGCCCUCUGUAAGCAACAUACCUGUGUGCGUAAACUACAACCUCUCAGAUCGCGUGUACGUCGACCUGCUGGAAAUCUCUGUAUCCGAAUCGGAAAUAGUCAAGGAGGAGAAGGCUAAAAUCGCGCGCAGACGAAAGCUUCUACUCGCUGAGAUGCUAAAAAAACCUCCAAAACCGGAAAUCCUACCUGAGCCCUGCCCGAUGAAGUUCUUCGAUCCUCGAAAGCACGUUUUCCAAUCCGCUCGCCUGCAGACAACCGGUUUGCCGAACCUCGUGCCAACUCGGCGUGGCCUCUCCGUGGACCAGCUGAGCUCCGUUCGAUCGGACUACCUCAACUCCUUUCCAGCCUGCCAUGUAUAA